ACAAGCGCUUGGCGACAGAACACAGAACCAUAGAAACGGCUCGAAGCGUGACUGGAAACGUCGUUCUGACGGUUUUGAUGGUUUUGGUUUUGACUUAUGCCUGGUGUCGGUUGUGUGUAGUUCGAACGUCGGUCUGAUUGUUCUGGUUCUGUCGGUUGCGUCCUGCGGCCUCCUCCUUUCUAGUUCCUACCGUUCCUACUUUGUGGUUCGAAUCGAAACUGAGUACCAGCGUAUUGUAGUGCUCUCGGAUAAGUUUUAUGGUCACAUCAAGAAAUAAUGGCUCGAAAUGCGGAAAAGGCAAUGACCACCCUUGCUCGGUGGCGUGCAGCCCAGCUUGCCGAACAAGGCAAAGGGAUCCAGGAACGAAGACCCUAUCUUGCUUCCAACUGCCAUGAUUUAAGAAGAUGUGAAAAGUGGAGGAUGCAAGUUAUACGGGAAAUAGCCAAGAAAGUUGCACAAAUCCAGAAUGCUGGUUUAGGAGAGUUCAGAAUCCGUGACCUCAACGACGAGAUCAACAAGUUGUUGCGCGAGAAGGGCCAUUGGGAGGACAGAAUAAAAGAACUCGGUGGACCGGAUUACAGUAGAGUGGGACCUAAAAUGCUGGAUCAUGAAGGAAAAGAAGUACCUGGAAAUCGUGGGUACAAGUACUUUGGAGCCGCGAAAGAUCUGCCAGGUGUUCGAGAACUGUUCGAACAAGAACCACCAGCUCCACCAAGAAGAACACGUGCAGAAAUUAUGAAGGACAUUGAUGCAGACUACUAUGGCUACAGAGAUGACGACGAUGGAAUUUUACUCCCACUUGAAAGGAAAGAAGAGGAGGCGGCCAUCGCUUGUGCUGUUCAGAAAUGGAAUGAAACACGCAACCAACAUAAUGUUUCUUGUGCAUGAAACAAGAACAAUUGUGAAAGUC